AUGAGCACGUUUCACGAAAGCUAUUACACGUGUUCUGUCGUUAAAAUGGCGGUUACAAAGAAACCCGCCCCUAAAAAGGCUCAAUUACACCAAAAAACUGGUAAGAAGGGAGUCAAGGGUGGCAAAAUCCGCGGCAAGGGUAUGAAAAGAAAAAUUAACUUGAAGUUCACUAUCGACUGCACACAUCCUGCUGAGGACAGUAUCUUGGACGUCGGUAACUUCGAGAAAUAUCUGAAAGAGCAUGUUAAAGUUGAGGGUAAAACGAAUAACCUAGGAAAUCACGUUGUUGUCGCUAGAGACAAGACAAAAGUUGCCGUCAGUGCAGACAUUCCCUUCUCUAAAAGGUACCUUAAAUAUUUAACAAAGCGAUACCUAAAGAAGAACAACCUGCGAGACUGGCUCCGUGUGGUUGCAUCUGCUCAUGAUGCAUAUGAACUACGCUAUUUCAACAUCAAUGCAGACAGCGAUAAUGAAGACAAUGAAGAUUAA